UGCUGUCGCCGAUACUGUCGGUCCGCGAUUGCGUGGAUUGCAACAACGCGGAGCGAGGCUUGUGCUGCCAAGCCUUGCCACUCGAUAGACUGCGUGUCCGUAUACGUCUAAGCAAGAUAUGCACGGGAAUAGGACGAGGUGACGGGGAUCGUACCGCUAAGCGUGGCUUCUUGCGUGAAGCUGCUCAUUCUCGACCAUGGCCUUGGACUUUUCAAACUGUUCCUGACGUGCAAUGCGCUUCCACACGUUCAGGUUGAAGCGUGACGCGGCGUUAUCUUGUGCGGUCAGUAGCUGCACUUUCAAAUCGUCGACCUGCUUGCCGAAGAAGCUUGAUCUGAUGUUGGCUGUCGAAUGCAAGAGGGGUUUGUCAUGACCGUCUUGCGUUUUGACGAGCUCGCGGGACUUGGGAUGGUGGACGAGGAUGCCGCAGUGGACGAGCUCCCUGGGUGUAGCAGGGAUGGGGCGGACGAAGCGUUGGCGCCGCCUGCUGGUUCGGACAACAAAUCGCACACGUAUGAGAACUCCAUGUGGAGCGCAUCGUUAUGUACGAACAAAAAGCUCAAGUCCUCGUAUACAUCCCAUGGUGCAGUGUCGUCUCCGCGGUCGUCGUCGUCGUCCAUAUUGUUCGAUGUUCCAGCUAGUUUCAAAAUGUCGAUGGUAAUCAAAUAAUCAAACAUGCAUUCAGGGAACAUAUCAACCCAAA